UAGCAGACGUUCACACGUGCUAAGGCACUACGAGGGUAGAAAUAAUAUAAGACAUGGCAUUCAGUUUUAACUUCGAUAUUCCUUUACAGACAGACGAAACAAACGAUAAAGAAAACAAAGACGACAAAGCAAAAGAUGUGGAUCUUAAGUGCUCGGAAUCCAGUUCAACCGUAUCAAAGAAUAUUAAGGAUGCUGUGGAGCACCAACCUUUGUUGGAUCCACUGUCCCAAAUUGAUAACUGGGUGCCUGAGACUAUCACUAUAGGUGCCCUGCCUGCCCUUCUCUAUCUCAAUGAAUCAGUGUUUGAGAAGACCGCUUCUGAACUAGAGGACAGUGAGGAGAUACUGUCCAAAACACUGAAUCAAAACUCUGACCUCAUCUCUGGAGUCUAUGAGGGUGGACUUAAGAUAUGGGAAUGCACUUACGAUCUUCUUGAGUACGUUGAUGACGAAGGUGAGACCUUUACUGGAAAAAGAGUGUUAGACUUGGGCUGUGGAGCAGGUCUACUUGGCAUACUUGCAUUAAAGAGAGGAGCCACAAAAGUGGACUUCCAGGAUUAUAACAGCACUGUGAUAGAGCAAUUAACAAUACCAAAUGUGUUUCUCAAUUGUGAAGAAGAUGAUAAGAACGAUGAGAAAAAUGACAGCCCACCGUCCAAGAGGAAAGCCCUGAAUGCAUCAGAGAAAUUAGUAGAUCGUUGUGGUUUCUUCUCAGGCGACUGGAACUCUUUUCUCGGACUUGUGCGAAAUAAAACCCCAUCGCUGAAAUAUGACAUUAUAUUCACAUCAGAAACCAUAUACAACACAGACUACUACUCUUCACUGCAUAAUGUGUUUAAUGACCUGCUUGAUGAGAAUGGUAUUGUUUAUUUGGCAACCAAAUCUCACUAUUUUGGAGUAGGAGGUGGCCUUCAUCUGUUUGAGAAGUUUGUGGAGCAGAAUAACGUAUUUCAAAUCAGAUAUUUGAAGGAUGUGGAACAAGGCCUGAAGAGACAUGUUAUAUCAUUGACGUUCAAAAAGUGAUUGAUAAGUAUUAAUGUGCCUAUGCUAGUAUGAUAAUGGAUGCCCAUUUCUUUUAGGCCACAUGGAUUGGCUAUGAAAUCAUAAAUUAUGUUUGGUGUAAAUAACUAAUGCUAAAACAGCAUUAGUUAAGAUUUGUUACUUAAAUUCAGCAGUCAAUCUGCAUAAAGCACUGCAAAACCAUCUUCAAAUAAACAAUAAUUGACACAA